AUGAGCCAGAGAGACAGAGACGGCCCGCAGCUGGCCCUGCAGGGAGAUGGCGACAAGGUGAUGCGCGGGGCCGAGUGCGAGCCGCACUCCCAGCCCUGGCAGGUGGCGCUCUUUGAGCGGGGCCGCUUCAACUGCGGAGCUUCUCUGAUCGCCCCCAGCUGGGUGCUGUCCGCUGCGCACUGCCAGACCCGCUUCAUGCGAGUACGCCUGGGCAAGCAUAAUCUGCGCAAGCGCGAAGGCUCUGAGCAGCUGCGAACAGUGGUGCGGGUCAUCCCGCACCCGGGCUAUGAACCUCUCAGCCACCGCCACGACCUCAUGCUGCUGCGGCUCGCGCAGCCCGCACGCCUCUCCAGACAAGUGAGCCCCGUAACGCUGCCCACGCACUGCCCACGACCCGGAGAGCCGUGCGUGGUGUCCGGCUGGGGCCUGGUUCACCCAUGUCCACUUUUUCCUCCAGUAAGUCUCACAGACACGCUGCACUGUGCCAUCAUCAGCAUCAUCAGGGAGCCCACAAGGAAUGAUCUCUGA